CUGCGCCAGUGCCGGGGCCAGCCGGGCUCUCCGCCAGCGGCGUAAACUCUUCUGGGGCGCAGCGGCGGAGCAGGCAUUUAUUGCGGUGGGGAGACGCCCAGAAGCAAGCCUUUGAGCUGGAGGAAUCCGAAAACAGAAGCUUGUCCCCACUCCGAAUUUUACCGAUGAAGAAGCUGAGUCCACAGAGCUAAGUGACUUUGCCCAAGGUCGCCCAGAUGAAACAACUAAAAGGGAAGAACUACCCCAGGUCUCAUGGUGCUUCCUGAGGCAGGGCCAUGCUCACAUUCAUGGCCUCUGACAGCGACGAAGAAGUGUGCAAUGAGCGGACAUCCCUGAUGUCAGCCGAGAGUCCUACACCGCGCUCCUGCCAGGAGGGCAGGCAGGGGCUGGAGGAUGGAGAGAACACUGCCCAGUGGAGGAACCAAGAUAGCGAGGAGGACUGCGAGGAGGACCCUGACCACUAUGACUGCAGCGGGGUCCCUGGACGGCCACCAGGCCUGGAGGAAGAGCUGACCCUCAAAUAUGGGGCAAAGCACGUUAUCAUGCUGUUUGUGCCUGUCACACUGUGCAUGAUUGUCGUGGUGGCUACCAUCAAGUCCGUGCGCUUCUACACAGAGAAGAAUGGACAGCUCAUCUACACUCCCUUCACCGAGGACACUCCCUCAGUGGGCCAGCGCCUCCUCAACUCUGUGCUGAACACCCUCAUCAUGAUCAGUGUCAUCGUGGUCAUGACCAUCUUCCUGGUGGUGCUGUACAAGUACCGCUGCUACAAGUUCAUCCACGGCUGGUUGAUCAUGUCCUCUCUGAUGUUGCUGUUCCUAUUCACUUACAUCUACCUUGGAGAAGUGCUCAAGACCUACAAUGUGGCCAUGGACUACCCCACCCUCUUCCUGACUGUCUGGAACUUCGGGGCAGUAGGCAUGGUGUGCAUCCACUGGAAGGGCCCCCUGGUGCUGCAGCAGGCCUACCUCAUCAUGAUCAGUGCCCUCAUGGCCUUGGUAUUCAUCAAGUACCUCCCAGAGUGGUCUGCGUGGGUCAUCCUGGGUGCCAUCUCUGUGUAUGAUCUUGUGGCUGUGUUAUGUCCUAAAGGGCCACUCAGAAUGCUGGUGGAAACUGCCCAGGAGAGGAAUGAACCCAUAUUUCCUGCCUUGAUAUACUCAUCCGCCAUGGUGUGGACAGUGGGCAUGGCAAAGCUGGACCCCUCCUCUCAGGGAGCCCUCCAGCUUCCCUACGACCCGGAGAUGGAAGAAGACUCCUAUGACAGUUUUGGGGAGCCCUCAUAUCCUGAAGUCUUUGAACCCCACCUGCCUGGCUACCCGGGAGAGGAGCUGGAAGAAGAAGAGGAAAGGGGUGUGAAGCUUGGCCUGGGAGACUUCAUCUUCUACAGUGUGCUAGUAGGCAAGGCGGCGGCCACAGGCAGCGGGGACUGGAACACCACACUGGCCUGUUUUGUCGCUAUCCUUAUUGGUUUAUGUCUCACCCUCCUGCUGCUCGCCGUGUUCAAGAAAGCGCUGCCCGCCCUCCCCAUCUCCAUCACCUUUGGGCUCAUCUUCUACUUCUCCACUGACAACCUGGUGCGCCCUUUCAUGGACACCUUGGCCUCCCACCAGCUCUACAUCUGACAGGGAGGACAUGCAGCCACAAGGCUGGAAGCUGUAGGAAAACUUCACCAGAUGCAGUUGUAUAGUUUUACACUCUAGUGCCAUAUAUUUUUAAGACUUUUCUUUCCUUAAAAAAAAGAAGAAGAAAGUAUUGUGUUUACUUUGUGACAAGGAAGCAAAGCAGCUCUUUGGUGCUAGCUGUUUUGUCACCAGACUGACUUGCUCAUGUGAGCACCUCGCCCAUGGGACACAUGACAAGUUUAUGCUCAUGAACUAAGGGGAUGACAUGGAGUGGAACCAGGCCUGGAGAAGGACGCCCAUUCCCCAUCCAAGUCUUGCAACUUCCAGGGUUCAAGAGGAGGGGAGGUGUGCAUUGGUGGGGGUCAGGAGUCCACACUCAGGAAAAGUACUAAGCACCUGGUCACUCCAGCCAAGAAGAAAAGCCAGUUCCCUGUCAGGAAUUUCCCAGUGCUUUGUGAUAUUAUUUUAUUAUUUUUAGAAACUGAGUCCURUUCUUGUUAGGGCAGUUACUGCUGGGAAGUGGCUUAAUAUUAAUAUCAAUAAAUAAAUAGAUGUCUCCUGUUGGAAUGUUGGGGUUUGGUCUGUUUUUAAGUGUCAGCCCCUCCCUCUCUCUGUCACCCUCUCCUGGGGCAACAUGCUGGGGGCCCAGAAAGGAAGGAUCUACCCUGUUAAGAGGAAAAGCUUAACUGCCUCCUUUCUCUACACUCAUUUCUCUACCUAGAAAGCUUUCUAGGCAGAGGAAUUGUGAGAGCAUGAGGAAGACCUCACAUACACUCCAAGGCAGUUGCCAAAAUGCUGAGUGGUUUCUUUAACAAAUAUCCGUCCUCAGCAGGAACCAGCAUACUGGUGUCGAAAAGCCCUUUGCUCUGCAUCAGGGCAGGCCAGAGCCCAUGUUGAAACCCACAGUGGUGAGAGUGUCAGGUUGGCUGUGCCCUUUCCUCUGCAUCAGUCACAAGUUACAAAGAGCCUCAGAAAUGCUUCAGGAUAGGAACCUGAGCUUGUUGGAGCCGUGCAGAGCAGGCUGCUGUCUUUCUAGGGCUGCUGAGAAAACACAGGUGUGCAUUUGGAGUUCAUACUGCUAGCGCCGUGUCCUCGUUCCAGAAAUAACAUGAAUGCUGCAAAACUGGCUGUGUAUUUUGAGAGGAAUAAAAGAAACAUGUAUCUCAGUGUUUGACAGGAGCUUUCUUUCCCCUGGACUGUUUGAGGAGGAGCAGAGGAAACCACAGUGACAUGAAGGGAAUUGAGGAGCCAAAUGCUGUUGGUGGUAGGGCCAUGUUCCAUGCUAGCAGCUGCAGGGACCAGAAUAAUGGCAUCUUUUGCAAAAGCUAGAAGCAAGGAGCAACUUAAGAGGGCAAAGAUGGGCCUGGGAAGCUCCCAAGAAGUUAGUGGGGAAGAAGAAUUCUGAAAAACCCAUUAUAUUUUGUCAGUUAUGGCAAUGUUUAUCUUCAAAAGAGUAGUUCCAGGGUGGAGUUUUCAGAGAUGAGGCUGAAUAAAUGUUUUGAUUUGAACAGCUGGAAGAGGCCUUUGUGAAAGCCCUGGCUAGUAGUUGCUGUGCUGAGGCGACAUUCAGAGUAAAAGCAGACGUGGAGGGCCUGUAGGAAAGUGGAUUGACAGCAAAAGAGGGAGAUAUGAGCACCAUCACCGAAGGGCCUGGGAUUAUGGGUUAAGAUUAAAUGUUAAGACUGGGAAAAUAAAUGCAUGUGGGAAAAACCAUUGGAGAGAAGAUAAAAAGAAUUCAAGCUGAAAAGAACACACAGCUGGUGUUCAGAUCUCCACGUAAUCAAUCAAAUAAUUUAAUGUUUUAUCAUUUUCGCCUCAGAUUUGUUUUUAGAAAUAAAGCUUUGGAGUUCUGAAGUCCUGUUUGUAUGAUACCCCAAUCCUGUUGCCUCAGUCCAUGUUCUGAGGUCCGUUUGUGUCCUCCCCAUCUAAGGUUUUGUAUAUUAGCAUAUUUAACAUUACUCUAGAGGUUUUUUGCUUUGGUUUUCUGUUUUUGUUUUUUUCCUCUAGUACUAGGGAUGGAAAUUGGCCUUGCCCAUUACAGUUUGGAUAUGAGGUGUCCCCCAAAAGCUCUUGUAUGAGACUGUGCAAGAAG